AUGGCAACAGAAGCGCAAUUAAACUGGAGAUACAACCCACCAGAGGCUGAGCUUCCUGAUCUCAAACGCGCCUCAGACAUUAUGAUGGCGUUUUGGCUUCGCGGCAACUUCGACCCUAAAAAUCUCAAGUACUAUCUCGUUUUCAACAUCCAGAACAAGAAGACUGUCGCCCUCAUCAGCAGAAUGUUGAAGAAUCACGAUCUUAGUGAGGUACCGUACUGGCCCGGUGUUGUAGCCAACAUGUACGAUGAGGAAGGCCCGGCGUUACUUGGUGAGUAG